AUGGACUUGUCAACAACCCCGGAGCGGCGGAGGCAUGCCGCCGCCUGGGCGGGGAAGUGGGCGGCCGUUUCCGCAGCAGGCACGUGCAGGGUGGAAGAGGUCGGGAAGCAGCAGCUGAUACGGAUGACGGGGCUGCCGGCGCGUGACCUCCGAGCGCUUGACCCGGCGAUGCCGUACGAGGCGCCCAGCGUCGCGGGCCGGGACCGCGCCAUCGUCGUCAGCCCGGAGAGCGUCCGCGCCGUCAUCACCGCCUCCGAGGUGCUCGUACCGAUCCAGCAGGACCCAGCUGCUGUGCCGCUCAUCCGGGAGCUCCGCCCGCGUCUGGGUUCCACCGCCGCGACGGCCUCGUCCUCGCCACAGCAGCUCUCUUCAACGGGUGGUGGCGGCGGGCAGGAUGGGCAUGAAUUUGGAAGCGGCAAGAUUCUGCCGUUUGAGUUCAGAGCACUCGAGGUGUGCCUCGAGCUUGCGUUCAAGUUCUGGGAACAGGAGUAA